AUGUUUAAAGAAGAAAAGAAGAUUGAGAUUAUGGAAGAUCACAAAGAUGACAACAAGUGUGAACAAAACCAUCAAGGAAACAGCAUGGUUCCAUUUUAUAAGUUGUUUUCAUAUGCAGACUCCAUGGAUAUUGCUUUAAUGAUAAUAGGUACAGCUGGUGCUGUGGCGAAUGGACUCGUACUUCCACUGACUACACUUUUCUUUGGAAACUUGAUCAAUUCUUUUGGAAGAACUGUAGACAUUCAAAACGUGUUACAUCAAGUCUCCAAGGAAGCUCUCAAAUUCAUCUAUUUGGCAGUUGGUGCAGGCAUAGCUUCUUUCCUCCAGGCUUCCUGUUGGAUGAAUACAGGUGAGAGACAAGCAGAAAGACUGAGGAACUUAUACCUGAAGGCUAUUUUAAGGCAAGAGAUUGCAUUCUUUGACAGAGAAAUUAACACUGGAGAAAUUGUUGGGAGGAUGUCUGGUGAUUCAAUCAUCACUCAAGAUGCCAUGGGUGAAAAGGUUGGUCAGUUCAUUCAGCUAAUAUCAACAUUCUUUGGAGGUUUUACAAUAGCAUUUGUCCAAGGUUGGCUUCUGACUCUUGCUAUGUUGUCCACCAUUCCUCCUCUUGUAUUCGCUGGUGCAAUCAUCUCUAAAGUUAUAGCAAAGAUGGCAUCACAAGGACAGACAGCUUAUGCAGCAGCAGCGGAUCUCGUAGAACAAACAAUUAGCACUAUUAGAACAGUUGCAUCUUUUACUGGUGAGAAACAGGCUGUGGAGAAAUACUGUCAAUCCCUAAAACAAUCAUACAGUUCAAGUGUUAAAGAGGGACUUGUUGCAGGAAUAGGGCUUGGUACUGCUAUGCUACUCUUCUUUUGUGGAUAUGCUCUUGGGAUGUGGUACGGGUCUAAAUUGAUACUUGAGAAAGGGUACACAGGUGGUGAUGUAUUCAAUGUCAUCUUUGCGGUUCUUACCAGCUCACUAUCUUUAGGGCAGGCGUCUCCAUGCCUCAGUUCUUUCGUAGCAGGACAGGCUGCAGCAUUCAAAAUAUUUGAGACAAUUAAUAGAAAACCAGAAAUAGAUGCUGAAAACACUGAAGGAAAGACCCUUGAAGACAUCCAUGGAAACAUUGAAUUUCAAAAUGUCUGCUUCAGUUAUCCAGCAAGACCAAGAGAACAGAUAUUUAAGGAUUUCUCACUUGUCAUAAAAAGUGGCACCACGGUUGCUUUAGUUGGAGAAAGUGGCAGUGGAAAAUCAACAGUGAUUAGUUUGAUAGAAAGGUUUUAUGAUCCACAAGAUGGUCACGUACUUAUAGAUAAUAUCAAUCUCAAAGAGCUCCAACUGAGAUGGAUAAGAGGUAAGAUAAGCCUUGUCAGCCAAGAGCCUGUCCUCUUUACUUGUAGUAUUAGAGACAACAUAGCAUAUGGAAAGGAAGGUGCGACCAUUGAAGAGAUAAAAUCUGCAGCCGAACUAGCAAAUGCAUCAAGCUUCAUAGACAAAAUGCCUCAGGGAAUUGACACAAUGGUUGGAGAGUAUGGAACUCAGCUAUCAGGAGGGCAGAAACAGAGAGUGGCUAUUGCAAGAGCUAUUUUGAAAGAUCCACGAAUUCUGCUUCUUGAUGAAGCUACAAGUUCACUAGAUGCUGAGUCCGAGCAAUUGGUACAGAAAUCACUUGAGAAGGUUAUGCAAACUCGCACAACUGUCAUUGUUGCCCACCGUAUGAGUACAGUUAGGAACUCAGAUACCAUAGUUGUAUUACAGAAAGGUUCAAUUGUUCAAAAAGGUUCUCACAGAGAGCUGCUAAAGAGCAAAGGGGGGGCAUAUUCACAACUUAUACACUUGCAGGAAAUGAAGCAAGAUGCAGUGCAUAAAAAUCAAACAGACCAGGAUAGAGUCCUUAGCUUAGCAGAAUCUGGCAGACAAGGUAGUCAGAGGAAUAAUUUCCCUCGUUCCAUCAGCAGAGGAAGAUCUGUGGGUCCCCGCCAUUCCUUCUCAGUGCCAUUUGUUUUGCCUUUAGGACUUGAAAUUCAAGAUAACUCAAUUGAAUCGGAUACUCAUGAGGUAUCACCAUCAUCCCACCAUAAAUCACAAGAACUACCUUUACUGCGACUUGCUUAUCUUAACAAGCCAGAGCUCCCAAUCUUCAUACUUGGAGUAAUUGCUGCUAUCUUUAAUGGGAUAAUUCUGCCCAUCUUUGGUGUUCUCUUAUCCGAUAUGAUUGAAACAUUUUACCAGCCUCCAAAUAAAUUAAAGAAGGAUUCCAGGCUUUAUGCAAUUAUGUUCAUAGUUCUUGGUAUACUGUCUAUGUUAGCAAUGCCUGCAAGAUCAUACUUUUUUGCUGUUGCCGGGUCUCGAUUGAUCAGAAGAAUCAGGAUAAUGACAUUUGAGAAGGUUGUUAAUAUGGAGAUGGAAUGGUUUGAUGAUCCUGACAACUCCAGUGGAGCAAUUGAAGCUAGACUAUCAGUAGAUGCUGCUGCAUUCAGAAGUCUUGUGGGUGACAAUCUGGCAUUAUUGGUUCAGAACACAGCAACUUUGUCCAUUGGUUUAGCAAUUGCUUUUGUUGCAAAUUGGCAGCUUUCAUUCAUAAUCCUGGGUUUGAUUCCUUUAAUUGGCCUAAAUUCAUGGGCUCAGAUCGUGUUCAUGAAGGGAUUUACUGCAGAUGCAAAGAUUAUAUAUGAGAAAGCAAGCCAAGUUGCAAGUGAUGCUGUGGGAAAUAUAAGAACAGUCGUCUCAUUCACAGCUGAAGGGAAGGUCAUGAAACUAUACAAGGAGAAAAGCGGAAGCCAAAAAAAGACCGGAAUUAGGCAGGCGGUCAUUAACGGAACUGGUAUUGGGCUCUCUUUUUUUCUACUAUUCUGUGUAUAUGCAGCCAGUUUCUACGCUGGAGCAAGGCUUGUUCAGGAUGGGAAGACAACAUUUGGGAAAGUUUUUCGAGUUUUCUUUGCACUAGCAAUGGCGGCAAUUGGAGUCUCUCAUUCAAGCUCUGUAGCACCAGAUUCUAACAAAGCCAGAGGUGCUGCAGCUUCUGUGUUAGAAAUUCUAGACCGCAAAUCUAAGAUAGAUGCAAGUGAUGAUUCGGGGAUUAAACUGGAGGAGCUCAGAGGCAACAUAGAGUUCCAACAGGUCAAGUUUAGUUACCCCGCAAGGAAAGAAGUCCAAAUUCUUCAGAACUUCUGCUUGUCUGUUAAACCUGGAAAGACAAUUGCACUUGUUGGUGAGAGUGGAUGUGGAAAAUCAACAAUAAUAUCAUUGAUGCAGAGGUUUUACGAUCCUGAUUCUGGACAGAUAUUGUUAGAUGGAAUCAACAUCAAUAAAUUUCAGCUGAAGUGGUUGCGACAACAGAUGGGCUUAGUAAGCCAGGAACCAUCGUUGUUCAAUGACACGAUUCGAGCUAAUAUUGCUUAUGGAAAAGAGGGAAAGGCAACUGAGACAGAGAUAGUAGCAGCAUCUGAGUUAGCCAAUUCCCACAAGUUUAUAUGCGCCCUCCGUCAAGGAUAUGACACAAUUGUCGGUGAAAGAGGUUGUCAGCUGUCUGGAGGGCAGAAGCAAAGAAUAGCAAUUGCGCGUUCCAUUGUGAAAGAACCAAAAAUAUUGCUACUUGACGAAGCAACAAGUGCAUUGGACGCAGAAUCUGAGUUGGUCGUUCAAGAAGCAUUGAACCAAGUGAAAGUGAACCGUACCACAGUGGUCAUUGCCCACAGGCUUUCUACUAUAAAAAAUGCAGAUUUAAUAUGUGUUAUAAAGGGUGGGGUGAUAGCUGAAAAAGGAACUCAUGAUAUGAUGAUCAAUAAAGGUGGUCUCUAUGCUUCCUUGGUAGCGCUGCAUUCAAGAUGCGCUUCAUAGCUACCAUUCAUCCCUUCAGCCAAACUUCAGAUACUGAUGGGAUGCCAAUUUUGUUUUGCUUCUUCCUUCUAACAAUCUGCCGCCCUCACUUCCUCUUGCUAUAAUUUACUAAGGUAAUGCUCGUGAAUAUUUAGUAUGGCUCUGCAAAGAGGAAAGUUCCUGCAGUGGAGAAUAAAUACUUCUUUAGUUUUUGCAA